UUUUCAAAUUGAUUUUCUGGAGUCUGAAUUUGUUAUCGUUUAGUUUAUAUGGCCUAUAUAUAGUUCGAUUGUUUUUAUGGACAAUUAGGGUAAUUCUUCUACAUACGUUCCAGAAUUUAUGUUUUUUUGCCUCUCAUAAAACAUAUUUGAAACAACAUUUUGAAUACAGAUGUCAGUGAGCAGAAGAGAGACAACGGAGAAGCAGACUAGAAAAAGGAUGGGUUAGAGAAGAGAGGAGAGAGGGAGGGGUUGGCUAACGGAACCCGGAUGCUGAUGCUGCCGUAUGGGAUGAGAAAGACGGGAGAGAGAAAAAACAAAACGGGGUUUGCGGCCAGAUGGGAGACUAUCCCGUGACGGAUUGUGAAUGCAGAGACAUUCGACCAACAAUAACAUAUUUUCGAAUCACUUCUGAAGCUACGUCUUUCUGCACAAGGAGUCCGAUGAAGGAUGAAUCUUCAAACAGAGGCGGUAGAAGCGCAAGAACGGAUGUUGUAAUUUAGACGGCGAGGGAGGAGAGUGCUAGGGAGACUGAGGGAGGAGUAGCCUACAACGCUAAAGAUGCUUGUUUUUUUUCUAGAACCACAAUGUAUUGUACCCAUUCAGUCGAGCAUUUUACAUAAUAGAGAAAACGAGCUUUUCUCAAAAGAAAAAAACACCUGCUUUGCCUGAACAGAGACGCAAGGUGAAAUUAUUGACAGACGUUGACUGGGGAAUUCAGAUUGGGAGAAGGCUAGUCGGGUGCGGAUAUAGGGUGGCUGUUUUGACGCGCUGUUCCCCUCUAGUUCCUGAUUCCAGGCCCUGGGAUAAUCCGAAGAGUGCACCGGAUAUUGGGAAAACCACCCCUUUGAGGGUGUAAAAACGGAAUAUUAUAAUAUAGGCUUGAGGAGAAGGCAUACAUAGUCUACAGACCAGAAUAGCGCUGGAGGGAGAAGUAGGCUAUCAUUUCUAACGUAUGUUACAUUAUACGAUUCUUGACAACGAUCCAUUAAGAUGUUAAGGAUCACUGAUGACAGUAGGCUAUAGCGAAUCUAGGCAAUGAGACGCAGAAUUGUGUUAAAUCUUGCCGUUAUAUGGAGCCUUUCUGAUGAAACAGUUUGUGAUAGGUUAUUCAAGCUGCUUACAGCAGUCUAUAAAAUAAUAUUUACAUUAGCUUACAUUUAUUGUAUUGUUGUUGCUGUAGGGUAAUUACUAUAAUACUUGACAUGCAUAAAAACUAUCUGGACUUCUCCAAUAUGCACCGGUGAAUAUCGCCCUACGGAUUUCCCUCUUCCACUUUGUAACAUCUCCUUUUUUUUUAUUCCUGCUUAAUCAAUGCUAAUUUUUUCGAUUUACCAUAAGCUAUUUGGGAAGCGCAUUCACGUUCGUUGAUAAUAAUCAAGCUGAGGUUGAAUUUCUAUAACUGAAAAUAUAUGCAAUAGCCGCAUUGAGAACAAGGCAAGUGCAUGGGAGUAGCCAAGUCGAGACUAGGCCCCGAAAUUGCCAUCACGAUUUCAACCGCUCUCUAUCCCUCCCGGUGACAACAUCGUUAAGCGUCUGUAAUGUCUUUACGGCGGUGUCGUUCUGCCCCGAGGACCGAUAGAUAUCAAUUCCUCUUGAAAAAACAUUGAGUUGAUCUCCUUAUCGCAUAAUUUUGCAUUCAGCGCACGGACAACAUGACUAGCAAGGAGCUGUCCGUAGGUCAGCCUGCCCAAUACGUCGGGCCUUACCGGCUGGAGAAAACGCUUGGGAAGGGGCAGACAGGUUUGGUAAAGCUGGGGGUCCAUUGUAUUACGGGACAGAAGGUGGCCAUAAAGAUUGUGAACCGAGAGAAGCUGUCUGAGUCGGUCCUUAUGAAGGUGGAGAGGGAGAUAGCUAUUCUAAAACUAAUAGAGCACCCUCAUGUAUUGAAGCUGCAUGACGUUUAUGAAAAUAACAAAUACCUGUAUCUGGUGUUGGAGCAUGUCUCCGGUGGAGAGUUAUUCGACUACCUGGUGAAGAAGGGCAGACUGACGCCUAAAGAGGCCAGGAAGUUCUUCAGACAGAUUAUCUCAGCCCUGGAUUUCUGCCACAGCCACUCUAUAUGUCAUAGAGACCUGAAGCCUGAGAACCUGCUCCUGGAUGAGAAGAACAACAUCCGCAUUGCUGACUUCGGCAUGGCCUCCCUGCAGGUGGGGGACAGCCUGCUAGAGACUAGCUGUGGAUCUCCACACUAUGCAUGUCCUGAAGUGAUACGGGGGGAGAAGUAUGAUGGCCGCAGGGCUGAUGUCUGGAGCUGUGGUGUCAUCCUCUUUGCACUGUUGGUGGGAGCGCUGCCCUUUGACCAUGAUAACCUCCGUCAGCUCCUUGAGAAGGUGAAGAGCGGAGUGUUCCAUAUGCCUCACUUCAUCCCCCCAGACUGCCAGGCCCUGCUCAAAGGCAUGAUCGAGGUUGACCCCGAGAAGAGACUUACGCUAGAAGCAAUACAAAAACACUCCUGGUAUCUUGGCGGUCGUAACGAGCCUUGCCCGGAGCAGCCCCCUCCCAGGCGUGUGUGUGUGAAGAGGAUUGUGUCGCUGACUGAGCUGGACCCCGAUGUACUGGACAGCAUGCAUUCUCUGGGCUGCUUCAGAGACCGGGGCAAACUGACCCAGGACCUGCAGUGUGAAGAAGACAACCAGGAGAAGAUGAUCUACUACCUCCUCUUGGACAGGAAGGAGCGUUACCCUAGCUGUGAGGACGAAGAUCUGCCACCCAGGAACGACAUAGGUCUCCCAGCAGAUCCGCCGAGGAAGCGGGUGGACUCCCCCAUGUUGACCCGUCAUGGCCGCUGCCGGCCGGAGAGAAAGAGUCUGGAGGUGCUGAGUGUGACAGAGCAGGGCUCCCCCACGCCCCCGCGCAGGGCGCUGGACACCUCUGCACACAGUCAGAGGUCUCGAUCGGUCAGCGGAGCGUCUACAGGGCUUUCUUCCAGCCCCCUCAGUAGUCCCAGGAGCCCAGUAUUCACAUUCAGCCGAUCCGACGUCACCUCCGCCUCCAACACCCAACCCAAAGACCCUAAACCAGGAAGUGCCACCACCCACCGGCCGUCCGAACGGUCGACCGUGCCCGACCCCAAAACCCAGACCCUGCCCUCCAAAGGGCCGUGCGAUCGCCCCCCACUCCAGUCCAUGAAGUCACUCCCUCUCCAAACUCCGCCUUCUCCGUCCCCCUCUCCCAUUCUCUCCCCCAUCCCUCGCUUCUUCUUCCCCACCCCGUCCGUCCUCAAGUCGGUCACUAAGAGCAUCUAUCCUAACUCUACCCCUGUGCCGCAGGUCACCCCUCAGGGGUCUCCGCUCCCCACCCCCCUGGGCACCCCCGUCCACCACCCCCAGCACCCCCCGCCCACCCCCCCCUCUUCCUCUUCCUCAUCCUCCUCCUCACGGGCGGAGGGAGGCGGUGGGGGUGUAGGCGGGGGCGGAUCUCUCUCCCUAACCCCACCCUCCAGCCCCGGGGGCAGCGGGGGGAUGGCCGCCAGUAGCUCCGCCCACUGGAGGACACGCCUCAACUCCUUCAAGAACAACCUGCUGGGAUCGCCACGUUUCCACCGACGCAAACUCCAGGUUCCAACAUCAGAGGACAUGUCCAGUCUAACUCCAGAGUCGAGCCCAGAGCUGGCCAAGAAGUCGUGGUUUGGGAACUUCAUCAGUCUGGAAAAGGAGGAACAGAUAUUUGUUGUCAUUAGAGACAAACCACUGAGCUCCAUCAAAGCUGAUAUAGUCCAUGCCUUCUUGUCUAUUCCAUCCCUGAGUCACAGCGUUAUUUCCCAGACCAGCUUCAGAGCAGAGUACAAGUCUUCUGGUGGCCCCUCCGUCUUCCAGAAGCCUGUGAAGUUCCAGGUGGACAUCGCCUUCUCUGAGGGGGAGAGGGAGAGGGAGAGGGAACGGGCCGAGAGAGAAGGAAAGAGGGAGAAUGGCAUCUACAGCGUGACGUUCAGUCUCAUAUCAGGUCCAAGUCGCCGGUUCAAGAGAGUGGUGGAGACGAUUCAAGCCCAGCUACUCAGUACUCACGAUCAGCCCUCUGUGCAGGCACUGGCUGAUGAGAAGAACGGGCAGCUUACCGCGCGUCCACCCAGCACCCCGACCCGGCAAAACUCCCGACGUUCGGAAGGAGGCGGGGACCGUGGUGAGCGAGCUGAAGUAGCGAUAGGAGGCAGCGGGAGCGUGCUACAGAGAAAGGGCUCGGGCAAAGACAAGACCAGACUCCUGUCCUCCAACGGCACACAGUCACAGCCCUGAGGGAACAUUCUGGAAACAGGAUAGGGCAUAGAGAAAUCCCAUAGGACAACACAGGCAACCCCGUCAAACACCCAAACACCCAAACAAAAAGACAGACCCCCACCGACAACCAUUACCACCAUCACCGCUAUCAUGUCACAACUAUGAACCACCAUCGCCAUCGCAAACAAACAACCCAUUCAACCUGAAACACGCCUAGCAUCGUUAGCGGGAAAAAAACUUUCUCACCUGUCUACUGAGAAGCCCGGAGAGGACGAGGGCAAACUUCAUUGUAGAUUUUAGAAGAGAUGCUCAGAAGAAUGUCUACAUGUAUAUUCGAAGGUCAGCCCAUCAUGCAACUGUCAUCACCAUGUAGCCCGUUAACAAGUAACACCAUUAUGUAGCCAGUAAACAAGUAAACUUCCCUUGGAUAUGGACAAAGGCUAAACAGAUGUUUUUGGUUAAGUAAUGCGGCCUACAGUUAAUAUGAAUUCAGCACAGAGUAAAUAACUCUUUAUGGAAAUAUUUAGAAAUAAUUUUGUUGAGGCGAAUUAACUUUUAAGUAAAAAUGAAAUACCGUUCAAGUCAAUUUAGUUUAUGUCAAGGAAACAUUGGGCUUUAUCACUGAAUUCUCAUAGAAAGAUUGUAGAUUUAACAAUUUAAAGAUAAUGAUAGAGAAGGAACACAUUAAAAUCCAUGAAGUAAAUCAGAAUGACACUUCCAAAUGCAUCUUUGUUUCUAAGUAGCUCCAAAGAUGUCCAUACAGCUAUCUGAAGAAAAUAAAGACCAGUAUCUCUUUCCAACAAUAACUAGGCAACACACUUGCAGGAUUCCUAAAAUACAAAUAAAGCAAACUCAUGAAAACCAUCUUGCCUUGAAAUGAGGAUAAGCAACAAAUAUCUCAACAGAUAUCACCCAACUCGAACAGCAAAAGCAGACAGGAAGUUGAACAAAGAUACUCCAGAUACUGAGCAGGUAGUACAACAUAGCAUUAGAAUCAUUACAAUCGUUUCAAUUCUAUGAAUGGAAUGAUGAGUUCACUUCAACUCAAUGGAAGAUCAAGGUGGCAUAGUAUACAGGAAGCUUCCUUCAUCAGUGGUGUUCAUUCUAAGAGGACUAGACCAAGGCCUCCACAUCAUCAUUGUCUACGACACCAACCAACCCCUUCCUCCUGUACCUUCCCAAUAUGGCCGACAUGGGGCACAGAAUGAUGAAAAGGCCCUAUACACCUAAACUGACUGGUUCUAACAGGAGGGAGGUGAGGAGGUGGCAAAGCUCAUUUCAUGAUAACAAACAAAAAGACUUUGACUAAAGUGAGACCGAUAAAAACAUUACAACCGCUGCACACUCAUUCCCAGAAGUGGAAACAGACAGACCACACACAAAAAAGAAUGAAAUACAUAAAGUUUUUUUUUUCUUUGGUUUUUGUGAUUUGAGCACAAACGAGUUUGAUGUUUGCCGGCAACAAAAUGGAGGAUAGCGCUAACAAAGUGAAUGUCAAAAACAAACAAAAACUACUGUAAAAGUAUGUAUUUAUUUUAUGUCAUAGAUUUAUUUAAUAUAUAUUUAUUUAUUAAUGUAUUUAUUUGUUGGUUUAUUAAUUUCGAAGCGGUAGAAGGGAAGACAAGGGUGACAAGGGAAGAUUCUGAGAACAACAGAAUGGAAGGUUCUGUUGGAAUAUUAGAACAGCAUGGAAACUGAUUGCUUCAGUGUAAUCCAGAGUUUACCCUCUUCCAGAGCAAAACAGAAGAUUACUUCUUGUUCAUUCAUUCCAAAAUGUUUUUUCGAAAACAAUGCUGCAAAAAUCCUUCCAGCUCCUUUUGAUGUUCCGUCUUUUUUGUUCAUUUGUCUUUGUUUGGUAUAAUGAAGAUGAUUUCACAUUUAAAGAAACUAAAUGAAAAGAACAAAAAAAGGAUAUAUAUGGAUAGAUUUCUGGGAAUUUCUAAGAGGCAGAAAAAUAAGGAAAUCCUCCAUGAAAUAAAUAAUGAGCUCAUAGACACUUGAAAAAGCAGACGAGAGGAGCAAAGGAUGGGGGUUUUCAUCUCCAGUUCCCUUCCUCUUGUAUUCUGCUAGAAUGUUCCUAAAGUGUACAAACAUCUGGGCACAUAAAUACCCUGAAUUAGUGUGUGUGGGGUACCACCCCACUUGCAGAACACGAGCAGUAUUAACACCAACGCACAGACACACACAGGCCCUCCCAAAAACAGAAUCCCACAGUCAGUAACAUACAACAGAAUCAUGUCUAGAAAAAACAAACUAUUAAAACUGGAAUGCACUGUCCUAAAAGGGAGCUGUAAACAAAACAAAUCAACUAGUUUCCUCCUACCCAUGCGUCCCUGGUUACUGCCAUGCCGUCCUAGCCCUCACCCUGUCCUUGGCACGGCCCCCGUACUGACCAACCCUGUACCUCCUGCACAGAGUGUUAAAAGCAAAAGCAGGUUUUGUUCUAGUCGCUCUCCAGACCCUCAUUUAUGACGUCUUGUUGUUUCAUGCCACUGCCAUUUAGCACAUAUAGUCAGUGUCACCCCACUUCACCCUGCCGUGACCACAGCAAAUAAGACUCAGAGCAGCACCAUACAUCCCUGCCAGCCAUCAUCCCACUUCAUACCAAAGUCAACACCUGUUACCGUGACCCAAAUCUGCCCGAGUGGCAAACAGAGUCAUUCUGUAUCUAGGAGACCUCUAGUGCAAUAUCUUUGUCAUUGUUUGUCUGACUACUUUGCAUACUCUGUCUCUGUCCAUAAUGGCUGUACUGUUCAUAUGGAAUAAGAGAGGGACGGAAUCCUCUCUGCUUCUAUGCUUGGGACAAAGCAACAUGACUAUAGUUAAUUGGUGGCUGUAGCUAAACUCUCACUCUAGCUUGGAACCUAUUGCAGGAGCAAUCCUGUUCCCCUUUUCACACUGCGGGAGCGACCCAAAACCACCACUCUGUGCUGGUUUGGAUGUUUUUCUUUUCCAACAUGGUUCCAGGAACUUUGACAGUUGUGUCACCAGGCUGGUCAAGUUCUGCUUGGCUAUGUAGUAUAAAUAGUGCAAUGCAGUUUUGCUUUGGAUCUGGUGGACAGACUCCAAAAGCUCAUGGUCUGUGAAGUUCUGCAUGACACAGCUGGGAAGUAACAUGGACCCAGAGGGAAGGAUGACAGUGAACAGCAUGACUAUAGGUUGCAUCUGUGUUUCACAGAUCAGUAGUGGGAAGAGACAACUCAAGAACAAGCUAGGACACAAGAUAAUGCAUCAGGAGGGUGGUACAUGCCUGUUAUGUUUGCUCGUCCUGUCUGUGUGUGUGUGUGUGUGUGUGUGUCCCAUGUCUGUGUUGAGUUUACAUGUCCACGACUAAGAGUACUCAUCCUUGCCCGGCCACAUUUAAAUGCUAGGUCAGGGGUCAUUUGAAUUGGAGUGAGAUAUGACAGAACAGUUUGGCAUAAGACCCCACUGUCUCUUCAAUGUUUCUCACUAAAAAUAGCCAAAAGAUCAACAUUUGAUAUAUAUCUUAAAGAGUUCUGAAAACAAAACAAAUGCUAAGAUGCUUGCACAGCAAUGUACUAGAAUUUUGGACAGUUGGCUUUCAUACUUUUUCAAAUACAAAUGAAUAAAAGACUUGUAAAGGCGACAUAUCGGUUGGAGAAUGUUGGGAUGUGCGUGCGGCUGUGUGGCCCUUAUGUAUGGUUUCCAAGCCGUGUACUGUAGCUAUUUCACAAACGCAAUAUUCCGCGUCUCUGCGUCUGUGGACGAUGAUUUAGGCUCUAGGCAUAACGUUAGCAGUGUGCUAAGUUUUAGAUUCAGUUGGCACUGAUUGAGGCCAGAGGACUGGGAUGUUUCUGUUAGUAUGUGGCUAGAUGCCCCACCUUGCCCUACCCGGAAAGAAAACAAAGAGGGAAAUUCUGUCAGGAGACACUAGAACGAAACCCCUUUAAGACCUCAAAGGAAUUGGUUGAGGUAAACAAUGGGAGGGGAUGGGGGAGGGGGUGUUUUGUCACCAUUGUGGGUGAGUCUUAAAACGAAAAUACCAACUUACUCCCCUCCUAUCCCCACCAUAAUUCUCUCUUUACAUCUCUUCUCAUCCAGGUAUACCUCAACCCCUCUGCCCAUUCCCCAUACCAACCCCAUAUAAUCAUCACCCUCCCCAUGUUUCUGUCCAGUGUAUACAUUUUAAACCAUAUCUUGAUUCUUUAUCCACUCUGUACUCACAAUAUGAUUAUUGUUGUCAUCGUUAUCAACCAUUCCAGUUAUGAUUGUAAAACUAUAACUCCCCCUCCCCUUCACACACAGUAGAUCAAAACAUUUCUUAAAAAUUGAAAUCAGAAAUGUAGGGGAAAAACAAAAUGAUGACGAUGAUUAAAUAAAAAAUGUCUGUAUUAUAAAUGAAAAUAAUAAAGUGCACUAUUACGAUUAUUAUUGCCUGUGAUAAAUAAAGAACAAUAAAGUACAUCAGAAAU